AUGGGCAAGCGCGGUGGCGGUAGAAGGGGUGGCGGCCGUGGCGGCAGAGGUGGACCACCUCGUCCUCGCGACAAUCGCGACUAUCGCCCCAGCAAGCAGGAUAUCCCCCGACAGAAUGAAAGGUUCGAAAAGUACUACAACCAGCUCGGCAUACUGCCAGACGAUGAGAAGAAAGACUUUUGGGAGGCUAUGAGGAAAGAUCUCCCUAACAGCUUCAGAUUCACCGGCUCGCGAGAGCAUGCGCUUGCAGUCCAACAACGGCUCAAAGACUACUACAUUCCCGAAAUCACCUCCAUAACAUACGAAGGCCAAUAUGUUGACGCCCCACGACCGGUCGAAUGGUACCCCGAGCAACUGGCAUGGUUCAUGACCACUCCGAAAAAUGUGAUCCGCCGAUUCAAGCCAUUCGCCUCUUUCCAGAAAUUCCUCGUGGCCGAGACCGAUGUGGGCAAUAUAACCAGACAAGAGGUGGUCAGCAUGAUUCCGCCGCUAGUCAUGGACCUCAAACCAGGAAUGUCGGUGCUGGAUCUUUGUGCUGCGCCGGGCAGCAAAUCCGCCCAGUUGAUCGAGAUGAUACAUGCCGGCGAGGAAGGAAGAUGCAAGCGCGUAGCUUCAGAUGCGGACCUGGAUAGCCUAGCAGGCGAAGAUUUUGCGGACGAUGGUCGGUCGACAGGUCUACUCAUUGCCAACGAUGUUGAUUACCGGCGGGCACAUAUGCUGGUCCACCAGAUGAAGCGUCUAAGCUCUCCCAACAUCAUUGUCACGAAUCAUGAUGCCACAGUAUAUCCGUCCAUCAAGAUCGCUUCACCACCAGCGGCAGAGGGCAAGCCGGCACCGAAUCGCUAUCUUAAGUUCGACCGUAUUCUGGCCGAUGUACCGUGCUCGGGCGAUGGCACAGUGAGGAAGAACAUGGAGAUCUGGGGGAAAUGGUCCCCUAGCAAUGGUCUCGGUCUCCACGCGACCCAGGUCCGGAUUCUGAUCAGAGCCCUCCAGAUGCUGAAAGUAGGGGGGCGAGUGGUAUAUUCGACGUGCAGUAUGAAUCCGGUCGAAGACGAAGCUGUACUUGCAGAAGCUAUCAGCCGCUGUGGUGGUUCCCAAUGGGUCCAGAUCCUCGAGACGAAGGACUUGUUGCCCGGCUUGAAGCGCUCUCCUGCACUUAAGGACUGGAGUGUCAUGGACAAGGCUGGCCGGAUCUGGAAAGAUUAUGCCUCUGUGCUACAGCAGAGGGAAGAACAAGGCACCGAUGAUGCUCUAAACAAACUGUCAGAAGGCAUGUUUCCCCCUGAAAAUGACCUGCCUCUUGAUCGAGCAAUGCGCGUCUAUCCUCAUCAACAGGACACGGGAGCCUUCUUUAUUGCCAUCUUGGAAAAGAAAUCAGAGAUCAAAGCCAAACCAGAGGAGAAGCAUUCAACUGCGUCAAAGGUCGAAAAUCCAGAGGCUCCUAAGGUUGAGCUUGAGGCCACCUCUGGCGCUGACGUGGAGAGUGGGAAUGGCAUCACCAACGGCAACGGCGCCGAGAGCAACACUGUGAACUUGGACUCUGAAACGCUGACGAAGCGUAAGCGCGAGGACGACAGCGAUCUGGACGGUAUUACUUCUCCGCUCAAGCGGGUUAAAAGUGAAGAGAAACUUGAAAGCACCCCCUCCAGUCUCCCGUCGGCAGCCUCCUCUACCAGUUUACUCCCUCAGCAGCCUACAAAGCUCACACAGCCUGCCUCCAACCCGAACAAAAAGAAUCGCAAUCAACCGUUCGAAGAGCCCUUCAAAUACCUUCCCUCGACCCUCCCAGAAAUAAAGCAAAUCCGCGACUUUUACAAUCUCUCGCCUCGUUUCCCGCUUACCCGCUUCAUGGUCCGAAACCCUGACGGUACAGCCACAAAGAACAUCUACUACACCAGUGAACUCUCAAAAGAGAUCUUGCAGGAGAAUGAAGGGAAGGGGUUGAAAUUCGUGCACGCCGGUGUUAAGAUGUUUGUCAAGCAAGAUGCCCCUUCUCCUGAAGUUUGUCCCUGGCGGAUACAGACUGAUGGACUGCGACUGUUGGAGGCAUGGGUCGGGCCUGAACGAGUCGUCAGGCUGAGGAAGAAGCAGACACUGAGAAAGUUACUGAUUGAAAUGUUUCCCAAAUUCAACGGUGAAGAAGGAGAGCAACUGGGAGAAGUAGGCGAGCAAGUCAGGAAACUGAGCAUGGGCUGUUGUGUUUUGAUCAUCGAACCGACCCAGACCGACGAGAACGGGACCGAUGGAGAAGGCUUGAAGGAGAGGAUGGUCUUUCCAUUAUGGAAGAGCAUUCAAAGCUUGAACCUCAUGCUGCCGAAGGAGGACAGAAAAGCUAUGCUGUUGAGGCUGUUCAAUGAGGACACCCCGCUUGUCAAUAUGAGCAAGGGAUGGACGGGCGCUCGGGAGGAGAAAGGAACACCGAGUAAUGGGAAAGAUGGCGAAGUGAGCGGGAACGGGGCCACGGUCACCAACGCUGAUGCCGCUGGCGCUAGCCUGAUUGACAUCCUGGAGGAGUCAGUGGAUGCGAGACUGAGACGAAAUAGCUCCAGUCCAGAGGUCGAGCCUGUGGAUGAUGCCGGCCCAGUGGUGGAAGUCGACGCGGAUGAUCUCAUGGCGGACACUGGGUCAGACGGCGACGACAACCAGGCCGGAGGUGUGGCACUGACUUGA